AAGUUUAGCUGUUAAUGAGACUUUUCUACUCUCUCCGAUAGACUUCUUACAAGUUUUGUCAAAAUUUUGCCAUGGCGGGUCCUCUCUUCACCGGCCCCAUGAACAUGAAAUUUGGCAUUGGAAGAAGCUUGGUAAGAGGUGGUGGAAACAGGAAAAGGUCAAAGAGAACAUGGGACUAUGGGAGGAAAAAACUGCUGUGGAUGAACCAGAUGUAGCAUUCUUCUGAUUUUCCUAUCGAGUAAGUGUAAUUCUAUAUCUCAUUGAAUCUCUCUUGAUUGAAAACUGCGAUUAAAAGAAUAAACAUCUUUGGGCUACAUGACAGGAUUAGUUUGAUUUCACCAUAUAAUGACUUUGUUUUUCUUCACAAAAUUUGAUAUGAUUAGUUGGUACUUGGUAUGAUGCUCAGUUGAUCAACCUUCAAACUGAGAAGUAAGCAAAUCAGUGAUGAGUUGUGAGUAGAAUGGAAUUUUGAUAUUUUAAGUAGUUGGGGAGAGAAUUAUUGAAAAGUUUUGAAUGGCUAGAACUACUUGGGGAGGCUACACUGGUUAUUAUAGUUAGAGGUUGUUAUAGUCUAUGGAUUAUAAUAGUUUGUGUUUAGGGUAUAAAUUAUUUAAGUAUAGGUAGGAAAUAUUAAACAAUGUAACAAUAGAGAAAGAGAGAAUGAGUAUGAAAUAGUAAAAACAUUGUAGAAAAGAGAGAUUUGAAAUAGUAAUACUCUAGUUAAUUGUAUGUUAUUACAACUUGAGCCCCAAACAUGAAGUGGGCUAUAAUUGUCCACUCUAUCAACUUCAUGUUGGUGGCCUAAACACAUCCUUGAAGAUCAAAGUCCCAUUAUAGGUAGGUUGAAGGGGUGAAUGUGUUAGAACUUUUUUUUGGAAUAUAUUAUAAAAAGUUAGCUAAUUGAUAAGAGGAAUCAGGUUCUUGUAAGCAUAUUUUGGAGAGUAGUCCUGCAAAAGUAGAAGACUCUUAAGAGCUUGGAAGUUUUACAUUUCUUUUCUUAAAUGAAUCAAUAACAUUUAUCUAUUGCUUUUCUCCUUUAAUUUGUGGCUCCUAUCAGGUAGGUAUGUUGAAAGGGACUACAAACGUUAGCACAAUUAAUGGGAGAGAUCUAAUCAUUUCAAUUUUCAAAAUCUAAAAAAUUCAUGUUCACUGUGCUCCAAAAUUAAUUUACAUUUCUUUUUAAAUAGUAAUACAAUAUCUUAUUAUUAUAAUUCAACUUUCUGAAUCCUGGUUCGUAUCAUCGUUGUGGUAGUUCUUUUUUAAAUACUUCUGCCUUUUCAGCUCCUGGGCUAUGGCAGAAUUGAAGAUAGUGAUUAUAGCAAUAUGUUGUAGGAAAAUACUAAAAACUUCAAUAAUCUAUUAACAGACAAAUAGAAAAACAGAUUGAUGUAGGUCGAGAAAGUGAGAGAUUUAAACAUAGGUUGAUGUUUGUUGUCAAAUGGCAUCAUGUUGUUAACUCUUUAUCACACUAUCAACUUGUUUCCCUCAGAAUGUCAUCAGGGUUUUCUCCAACAAGUGACAAUGGCGAAAAUAAUGCUGGAGCAGGAUUAUAUAUACUUUUGAGCUUUGUGAUUUUUGCUGUCAUUGGUGCAAUAUCUUGCUGCUUUGCUAGGAAGGUGAGGCAGGGUAUUGUAAGAGAGUUGCAAACUGUAGUUGCCUCAGCUACACCAAAUUUGACACAUUCACCAAAUGUAGUUCAGAUUUGGGAAAUCGAUCAACCAACAAUGGAGAAGUUCAUCCGAGAAAUGGCGGAAGAAAGGCCUGUAAGGCUCACUCCUCAACAACUGUAUUGUUUCACGAGCAAUUAUUCCACACCACUUGGGUCAGGAGGAUUUGGUUCGGUCUACAAAGGUCAGUUUCCAAAUGGGGUGAAGAUUGCUGUGAAGGUUCUGAAGAGGAACGCAGAUAGACAGGCAGAGGAACAAUUUAUGGCUGAGGUAGGAACAAUUGGAAGAACUUAUCAUAUAAACUUGGUUAGGCUUUAUGGUUUUUGUUAUGAUCAAUAUAUGGGUGCAUUAGUAUUUGAGUAUAUGGAAAAUGGAUCCUUGGAUAAAUAUUUGUUUGGCAAAAAUCAAGAUAUUGAUUGGAGAAAGUUACAUGAUGUAGCCAUUGGGACUGCUAAAGGUCUUGCUUACUUGCAUGAGGAAUGCCAACAGAGAAUCAUUCAUUAUGAUAUAAAGCCGGCUAACAUCUUGUUGGAUGCAAAUUUCUCUCCCAAAGUUGGUGAUUUUGGACUUGCCAAGCUUUGCAACAGGGAUAUAACCCACAUGUCCCUCACUGGUUAUCGAGGCACGCCGGGAUAUUCGGCUCCAGAAUUCUUGUUCUUUAAUUAUCCGAUAACGCACAAAUGCGAUGUAUAUAGUUUCGGAAUGGUAUUGUUUGAGAUUGUUGGAAGAAAAAGAAAUGCUGGAGUUACAGAUUCUGGGAACCCUGAUUGGUUGCCGCAACAUGUUUGGGAUAAUUAUGAAAAGGGUAAACUAGAAGAGCUCACUCUAAUGUGUGGCAUUGAAGAAGACAAUAAAGAGAGAGCUAACAGAAUGUGUGAGGUUGCUUUGUGGUGCGUUCAAGACUCUCCAGACAACCGGCCGCCUAUGAGUACAGUGGUGAGGAUGCUUGAAGGAGGAGUAGAAAUAAUGCCACCACCAAAGCCAUUUCUUUACUUGCAAUCAACUGCAAAAAGAAACGCACAACAAACUAGUAAUAGUUCAGAUUAUUCAACUUCCAAUGAAGAAAGUGGGUCAGUAUGGUACAAGGACACUCCAAUAAUGAAGAAGUACGAAAUACAGAUAGCUAGUUCUUGAUUUGAAAGAAAAAAGAUUGUCUUUUGGCUUAAACAUGGUUUUUCUUCUUCUUUAAAACUUAUGGAAAAUGUAGUCAUUUGGUUUAUUUUUUCCGUGAGAGGUAAGUGUUUGAUCUUGAGAUUGAUAAUACAAAAACUAUGACAUUUUAACUAUGCUCAUUAUAAAACUAUGACAGUAAUAUAUUGGAACCCAAA